AUGCCGCGCCGCGCCGCUCCGAACGCCAGCGACGACACGCGCCGCGAGGUGCCGCUGCAGGCGGUGCUGUUCGCGGACUCGUUCACGGAGACGUUCCGCCCCAUCACGCUGGACCUGCCCAAGGUGCUGCUGCCGCUGGCCAACGUGCCGAUGCUCGAGUACUCGCUCGAGUUCCUGGCCGCCUCGGGCGUGCAGGAGGUGCUGCUCUUCUGCACGGGCCACGCCGAGCGCAUCGAGCGCUUCAUCGAGCACGAGUCGCAGGUGGCGCGCCGCCUCGACGUGACGUGCGUGAGCAGCCCCAGCUGCCUCACGGCGGGCGACGCGCUGCGCGAGCUGGACCGGCGGCAGCUCGUGCAGAGCAACCCGUUCGUGCUCAUGAGCGGCGACGCCGUGGCCAACGUGGACCUGCAGGCGGCCGUGGACGAGCACAAGCGCCGCAAGAAGGCGGACCCGAACUGCAUCAUGACGAGCAUCUUCAAGGAGCUGCGCCCCAACUCGGGCGCGUCGCAGGUGCGCCCCCUGGCGGACGAGCUCGUCGUGGGCGUGGACGCCGCCACGUCGCAGCUCGUGCUCUACGAGGACGACCCGCAGCAGCGCAGCACGCGCCUGGCCACGCUCUUCCUGGAGGACCACGCGCAGAUCGCGCUGCGCAGCGACCUGCUGGACUGCUACAUCGACGUGUGCUCGUCCGAGGUGCUGCUCAAGUUCGCCGAGGACUUUGACUACCAGGACCUGCGCCGCGACUUCCUGCACAACGAGGUGCAGAACUACGAGCUGGGCAAGAAGUUCUUCGUCAAGAUCGUCACGGACGAGUUCGCAGCAAGAGUUAUGGAUCCGCGCACGUACGCGGGGGUGGCCCAGGCCAUCCUGCAGCGCUGGGUGUUCCCCAUGGUGCCCGAUGCCAACUACCUGGGAGCUGGGGAGGUGACCCACUACGAGUACUUGAGGGGCAUGAGGUACAAGGACGCCAACGUGACGCUGGCCAGGACGUGCGACGUGCAGCGCGAGUGCAUCUUGGGCGCCGGCACGAGCAUUGGAGACCACACGCGCGUGCGCAAGAGCGCGAUCGGCAAGGACUGCGUCAUUGGCGAGAACGUGACUAUUGACGGCAGCUUCUUGUGGUCUAACGUUGUCGUGGAGGACGGCGCGGUGGUGACGAACGCCAUUCUGUGUGACAACGUGGUGAUCAAGCGCGGCGCCGUGGUUGGUGAAGGCUGCGUGCUGUCCUUCGGUGUGGUUAUUGGUGAGGGAUUUAAGCUGCCGCCGUACACCAAGGUGACGAAGAGCCUUGCGCAGGUGGAGGACGACGGAUUCUUCUCGGACGAAGAUGACGAGGCGUCGGCUGAGAAGGCGGAGCCUACCGCGAGCAACGGCGCGCCCGCGCAGUGGAACCCAAAGGACGUGGGUGUCGGCGGCGUCGGACGCAUCUGGACGCUGGACGAGGACGACAUUGAAGUGGAUUCGGACAGCGACGACGAGGACGAGGAUGAGGAGCACGCGGAGGCCAAGAAGCAGGCGCGCCGCCUGGACAAGCUCAAGAGCACGCUCAUCGGAGCGCGUGAUGUGGUGUCCAAGAAGAUGCACCGCUGGGAGGAAUGGGACACGCUGAGCUCGUCCGAGGAGGAAGAUGAGGACGAGGACGACCUCCUGGCCGAGGCCAACAUGACGGCGGUGGAGGUGCCGUUCCAGCAGAUUAUCCGCGAGAACGUGUGCACGGGCGACGCCGCCGGCCACAACGUAGACGACCUGUUCAUGGAAAUCAAGAGCUUCAAGUUUGCGCAGAACCGGUCGUUCGCAGAGGUGAUCGGCGCCAUCGUGCCGGGUCUGCUGGACCUGAUCCCGACGGGCAACAGACAGUCGGCCAUGACGAUUCUGGGCAACGUGCGCACUAAGUUCCAGAAGUGGAGCUCCGUGAUUCAGCGCUGCCUCGUGGAGCAGGAGGACCAGCUGGCUGUGGUGGACGCGCUUGAGGGCUACUGCACCGAGCCGGAGGAGCGUCGGGUCAUCUGGCUGCCUCUGUUCCGCUUUUUGCUGCAGACUGUGUACGACCUCGAGUGGGUCAGUGAGGACGUCAUUCUGGAGUGGCACGAGGCCAAGCAGGCAAACGCGGACGAGGACGAAGCCUCGGACGCGCUUGCUGCUGCGUCCAAGAAGGACGUGCAGGAAUUUAUUGACUGGCUGCAGGAAUCUGAGGAGGAGGAUUCGGACGAUGAGUAA